AUGAGCACCACCAGCUACCCUCCCCUCGAGGAACGGCCCCUCAAAAACACAAUCUGCCUCUUCGACGUAGACGGCACCCUCACCCCCGCCCGCCUAGUAAGUCCUCCCCUCCUCUCCCCAUCACAAAAACCAACAUCCAGACAGGACGCAUCCCCCGAAAUCCUCUCCAUCCUCGCCGCCCUCCGCCAAAAAUGCGCCAUCGGCUUCGUCGGCGGCUCCGACCUCAACAAACAACAAGAACAAAUCGGCAAACCCGCCGGCAACGUCCCCGUCACCACCCUCUUCGACUUCUGCUUCGCGGAGAACGGCCUAACAGCCUACAAGCUCGGCCAGGAGCUCCCCUCCAACAGCUUCAUCCAGUGGAUCGGCGAGGACAAGUACAAGAAGCUCGUCAACUUUAUCCUGCACUACGUGGCGGACCUAGACAUCCCCGUCAAGCGCGGCACGUUUGUCGAGUUCCGGAACGGCAUGAUUAACGUCUCGCCCGUGGGGAGGAACGCCAGCACCAAAGAGAGGAAUGACUUUGAGGCGUUUGACAAGGGUGCGGGCGUGAGGAAGGCGUUUGUGCAGGCGUUGAAGGAGAAGUUUCCGGAUGUGGAUUUGACGUAUUCGAUUGGGGGGCAGAUUUCGUUUGAUGUGUUUCCGAGGGGGUGGGAUAAGACGUAUUGCUUGAAGCAUUUGGAGGAGGAGGCUAAGAAGCCGGGCGGUAUUGAGUAUAAGGAUAUUCACUUUUUUGGGGACAAGGCUUUUGAGGGGGGGAAUGAUUGGGAGAUUUACUCUGAUCCUAGGACGAUUGGGCAUGCGGUCAAGUCGCCUGAAGAUACUAUUCGGAUCUUGAAGGAGACUUUUGGUUUGUAG